AGUACCUCUUCCUAGCAACCAGAUGUAAUGUACAACAUCGCCCGCCAUAUUUUGUAUUAUUGUCUUAAUACAGGCUGUGACCUUAUUAGAAUAUAAAAACUGUGGCCGUUAUAAUUUAUGAUUCAAUAAAACUAUAAAUCUACAUUAGUAACCACAAAUGGCUAUGGCUAGAAGAGCUCAGCUUCAAGACCAGGCGGUCUUUCAACAACAAUUAGAGAAAAAUAGACAGAGAGAGGUGGACCUUCAAAGUAUGGAGAUGGAGAAAAAGAUGGCUCAGUAUAUUGAAGAAAAUAUACGCAGGGAAGAAAAGGUGAAACAGAAAAGGUUUAUGAGACAACAGGAAAUCAUGAACAAGGAGAUGGAGAUGAAUGAUGCUAUUUUAAAGGCAGAAAGAGACCGGCUGCUAAAACAGCAACAGAUUGAGCAGGAGGAGAACCUGGCCAGAGAACUUGAGAGAGUCAAAUUUGAACAGUUACGUGAUGAGAAGAUGAGACAACAGAUCAGAGAAACCAGUCUUGAGCUACGAGAAUUGGAAGCCAAGUUGAGAGCUGCUUACACAAACAAAGAGAGAGCUGCACAGAUUGCAGAGCGGGAAUCUAUGAAGUAUGAUGAAAUGAAGCGAGAGUCCGAGAUUGCACGUCACAUGAAAGAACAAAACGAAAGAGCUGAGGAGGCUGAACAUCAGAGAGAAAUGGAGAGGUACAAAGAGAUGGCUCGCUACCAGCAAGAAUUGGAAAGACAACUGGAGGAACAGGAAGCCCAGAAACAGCAAGCUUAUGAAGAAUUCCUUAAGGAGAAACUCAUGAUUGACGAGAUCGUGCGCAAAAUUUAUGAGGAGGAUCAGAGAGAGCUUGAGAGGCAGCUCCAGAAGCGUCAGGUCACACAGCAGUACAUAGAGGAAUUUAAGAGAGCCAGGGAAGAAUGGAAGCUCCAAGAGAAGAAAAAGAUGGAAGAGGAGAACCAGAGGAUCCUACACUUCGCUAGACAGAUGCAGGAGAGGGAGGAGUACCUCAAGACACAGAAGAAAGAGAAAGAUUCAGCCAUGAGCAAGGUUCAAGAUGCUUUGGCCCAAGAAAUAGCAAGGAAAGAGGCUGAGCGGGCAGAGAUGGAAAAGAUCAGGCUGGAGCUUGUGCUGGAGGAAACAGAAGAAAGAGAACGACAGAGAGAGAUGGCUGAAAUGGAGAGACAGAUCAGACAGAAAAUUGAUCUCCAGUCGACACACGCACAGCAACUGCACUACAAGGCUCUCAGACAGGAAGCUGAAAAGGCUGAGGAAGAAGAGUUCAGGAAACAGAUGUUAGCCAAGUUUGCUGAAGACGACCGCCUAGAACAAAUGAAUGCCCAACGUAGGCGGAUGAAGCAGCUUGAACAUCAGAGAGCAGUAGAGAAACUGUUGGAGGACAGAAGAGUACAGUUCGCUCGUGAGAGGGAAGCCGAGGUGGAGGCCAGGCUGGAAGAAGCCAAACUGGAGCAGUUCCGCAAGAGAGUCAUUGAAGAAGAGAGACAAAAACUGCUCAAGGAACAUGCUAUCAAGUUAUUGGGCUAUUUACCUCGGGGUGUCAUACGUGAUGAGAAAGACCUGGAUAUUCUUGGACCCCAGUUUAAGGACGCCUAUUCUCAAAGACAGAUUGACCCAUUUGAUGACUUGGCAUGGAAUUCUAAGUGAUGGCGUCUAUAGUUGCAAGCUUUCUAUAUGUACAUAUUUGUCAAUGUAUAUAAUAAUAAGUAAUUAAUUAAUAUUGUGUUGAGCUUUUCUCACAUGAAAGAGUGACCUUGACCUGGUAAUGUUGCUUGAAUGAAAAGAUGACAAUGUUUGAGAUUUUUUUUUUUAAUUCUGUAACUCUAGUGCAGAGCUGAAAAUGUAUCACAAUUUUUAUCUGUCUGUAUUUGGACGUGUCACUUGUUGUCAACAUUCCGUAAUGUUGAAUUUUUAACUUUCAUAACAGAUUUUGAUCGAUGUAAAGAAAUCUUUUUUGAAACAGUUGAUUCCUAUUACCAGUAGAUAGUAUUUUCUGUGACAUUAAUUGAUAGGAAUUUUUCAAUCAAGUUUUGGUUUGAAUUAUUAAAGAUGAAAAGAAAAGAAAUAAAUGAUAAUGAAUUGUUUUGAUAAAUACAGUUAUAUUUUUUUGCUGUAGUUUUUUUCACCUUCUAGCAGUAACAAAAAAACUUUGAGACUUUGUUGUGGCUUUACUUUAAACACAAUAGCUUGGACAGAUUACUAGUUAGCAGCAGCUGUUUUUGAUUAUCAGGCUUAGGCAACUCAAGUGAUCCAUGCCCUAGUGCCAGUUAGUAAAGACUUAUAAAUAUUAAACUGCUGUUUAACUAUACAAUUUGUAUGCAACUCUAGUUUGAUGGUUACGCUAAUUUUUUUUUGCUUACUGCCUUAGAUCAAACAAACAAAAUUAUGUCUAAAGCAAUGUAUUAGUUAUCUCCGAUGUUUUGUACAUAUUUACCAUGUUUUCAUGGAAGUUGAUUAAGGGCAACUAUUUUUUUUUUAUUUUGAACAUUUUUUGAGACUACUUUUUUAGAAAGAGAAUAUUUUAAUAUCUUCUUUACAUCGUAACAGUAGCUACAAUGGCUAGCUUUUUUAUCACUAGUUUUAGUCAUAAAAGCUACUUGUAAUGUAGUUAUUGUCUUUAAAAGUAUUAGCUUACUAUAAAUUUUUCUUUUAAACCCACUUCGUUGCCAUCUGAUCUAUUUUUAAUAGUUGAAUCUCAGCAGAUUUUUUUUUCAAGAUCUAUUGUAAAUCUGACAAUUGAAAGAAGCAAAUUAACUGUGAAAAAAUAUGGUAAAAUAAAAUAUUAAAUAUGAA